AGCACGGUAUCGGGCAUUUCUUCCUUCUCUUGUGCGGUGUCUAUCUUUAUCCCUAAUUACCUUCAAGCUGAUCGUUCAUGGCGUCCUCCAGCAAAAUAGAAGACGAAGGAGAAGAUGAAACCUCAGAAGAUGAGUUUGAAGGAUUUGAUGAUUUUACUCUUGCCUCUUCAUGGGAAAGGUUCAUAUCUGAAAUUGAGGCUGUUUGUCGGUUGUGGCUGGCUGAUGGUCCAAAGAAUUUGCUGGAAAAGGGAGCAAUUAGCUUGGAUACUCCGAAAAAAUUAUAUAAGGUGAAAUUUGAAAUGAAGUAUGGUAUGAAAAACUACCUCAUGGAGUACUUCUUUGAGGCCAACAAUGAAGGUGACAGUGUGGACUGGAAUGAUGAUUUGCAUGAUUUGCAGUUAUCUUUUGGUGUAAAGAAGUUUUUGGUGAUUGCACCUAUAAGUGCUAGUGGGGUGGUCCUUGAUGCACCAGAGGCUAGUAAACUUUUAAGUGCUGUUUCAAUUGCGUUAUCAAACUGCGGCAGUACAUGGCCAGCAUUUGUUCCAGUCCACGAUCCUUCUCGAAAAGCAUAUAUUGGCAUCCAAAAUAUGGGGACUGUAUUUACUAGAAGGUUUGAGGCAGAUCGCAUUGGCAGCCAAGUUCCUGUUAGACUCAUGCAUUUGGAGGGGUUAUACGAGCUAUUUGUUUCUAAGUUUUCCUUCUUCAUGGUGGAUGUCUCAACAUACCUUUUCCAAGUCAACUUUACAAUGCGGCUAACCUACCGAACACCUCCCCACGAUGAGGAUGAUGUUACACCAGAAGCUGAUCCUGAAACUGCAGAAUCUGCUGCAGAUCCAGAUGUUGACACCCGUGGUAAAACACAAUGGGAUGAUGAUUGCCCUUGGACUGAAUGGUAUUCUGCAGAAGACCCAGUAAAAGGAUUUGAGUUGAUUACCAUAUGGUCAAAUAAGGUGGUUGAGAACUCUCUGCAGAUGGCUGAAUUAGAAAAUGUCUCAUCAGAUGAGGCUGAGAAAUGGUUCAUUGUUCCUAUCUUGUCUCCAAAUAUAACUGAUGAACCAAAAGGAAAUACAGUUGGGUUUGCUUCGCAAUUGCGCCUUUUGGUGAAUGCAUUGGAUGCGUCCUUUGAGGCUCAGUUUAUGGAAGAUUUUGUAUCAGCUGAAAACUCUGCAUCUGAUAAUUUAAACUCCUCACUGACCAUACCACCUCCAACAGUUCUUGACCGUGUACUCAAAGAUCUUUUUCAUGAAGAUAUAGGAGCACAAUCAUCAGAUUACAUUAAGGGCGAACACAAAAAUUCACGUGUUAUUAAAGGCGCACCACUUGAGUCCCUUUUUGCUCAAUUUUGCUUGAAUUGUCUUUGGUUUGGCAACUGCAACAUACGUGCUAUAGCAGUUCUCUGGAUAGAAUUUGUUCGAGAAGUCCGCUGGUUUUGGGAGGAGUCACAACCAUUACCCCGAAUGCCAACCAAUGGUGUUAUUGAUCUAUCCACAUGUCUAAUCCACCAGAAACUACAAAUGCUUUCAAUAUGCAUUGAAAAGAGGAGUCGAUUGAAUCAAAGUAAUCAAGAUCAUGCUUCUGAUCAUAUUGAGGAAGAUGGCAAAGUAGCGGCAGGGCCAACUCAAAUGCGGGCUUUGACUGAGGAGUUUGAUUUGAAACAUGACAGCUCAUUAAGAAGAGAUGGUUCUGAUUCAAGUGUUCAAAGAUCUUGUAUUGAGCCUGGAAAUGCAGUGGGAUCUGCAUGUCCACAACCUGAUCAGAUCAGGAGGGGAUCAUCUGGUGUUGUGGGGUCAAUGAUGCUUUUGAACUCACACCAGAUGAUGCAUGCGCCUUCUACCCAGGAUCCUCCAAUUAUGACGGAAGAUAUGCAUGAAGAAAGACUCCGUGCAGUUGAAGCCCUUGGUGGUGCAUUUAGCUUCUCUGCGCAAUUGGAGAGAGAUAUAUUGUCUUCAGACAUGUCAGCAUUCAAGGCAGCAAACCCUGAUGCUGUUUUUGAAGAUUUUAUUCGAUGGCACUCACCUGGUGAUUGGGAAAAUGAGGAAAUUGAAGAGAAAAGAACAUCUGGAGAAAGAUUAACAGAUGGAUGGCCUCCUCGCGGAAGGCUUUCAGAGCGAAUGUCUGAAAAUGGGAAUUCAUGGAGGCAAAUUUGGAAUGAAGCACCUCCUUUGCCAGCUUCUGAGCAGAAGCCUCUUCUUGAUCCUGAUCGAGAAGGAGAAAAGGUCCUCCAUUACUUGGAAACACUAAGACCACAUCAGCUGCUUGAGCAAAUGGUGUCCACUGCCUUCAAAGCAUCUGCUGACACUCUAAGCCAGACCUCUUUUGGUGGUCUAAAACAGAUGACGACCAGAAUGGAUCAGCUGUACCUGACAAUAGCAUCCAUUUUGAAGCCUUUGCAAGCAAAUGUUAUGCCUGAGAAGGUUGAGAUGGUAGGUGACCUGAGGAGAUUAUGUGUCAUCUUUGAACAUGUGGAGAAGCUACUAAUCCUUGCAGCUUCCAUGCAUCGUAGGCUAUCUCAAGCACCACGUCUUUCAGAAACAAUUUUUGCUGACUGUUACAGUUAUUAUAGCCCAAGAAUGGGAGCAGGCGAAUUAGGCAGCAACAUUCAAAAGGAGUUCAAUAUGAAGCAACAGGUACGGAGGUAUGAGAGACGGGUUGUGGAGAAUAUGUUUACACCCCCCACUGCCAACCAGUCAUGGAGAAAAGUUUUAAGCAUGGGCAAUCUUCUUAAUGGCCAUGAGCCGGUUGUGAGGGAAAUCAUCUUCUUCAUACAGGAUAGCAUGAGCCAUGAUCACUACGCGGAUCGCAGGAGCCCUCACGAAGAUAUUGAGACACAUCGGAUGUACAUAUGUGGAACAUCCAAUGAUCUCCGGGUAGCACAUUCUGUCACCUCAUGUGAUUAAUCUUUUUAGCAUGUCUUAUUGUCAUUCUUGUGUAAUUAUCUAUUGGGAGAUUUGAUUCUUAAGUUUAUUUGGUCGACAUAUAUUGGAGAAGGUUUUU